UAAUGUCUGUAAACACAGUAUGAACAGGACUAAACUUUAUAUGAAAACUACUCUAACAGUCGGAUUAUUAGUCAUUCAGUCAGUGUUCAGUUACAUUCAAUAAUACUGACUGAACUUAUGAGAAACUCUUUAGAGACCAACAGUGACACAUUCUCACAGACUCAGAGAGGCGGAGAUAAACUGAGGUUGAGGUUGAGGUUGUGUGACAUUUUAAGUGCAGGUACUUUCCUUCCUGUCAGUGUGAGAACAGAACAACAUCACAGUGGAGAGUUUGCAUCCAUCACGCUGACUCUACAAUGCUGUAUCCAAAGACAGAGCUCUGUGAUGGACUGUCCUUCAGGACCUGCAGGGUUUUCAUCAUUCUUCUAACACAGUGUUUAACAGUUUGCGUUGCAGAGCAGUCAGAGUUGAUUUGUUCACAUCAACCAAUCGUAGCCCUGGCUGGUGAUGAUGUCAUUCUACCAUGUUACCUUGAUCCUCCAAUCAGUGCCAGUUCUGAGACAGUGGAGUGGACCAGACCUGGUUUAGAUCCAAAGUACAUCCAUUUUCACCAAGAUGGACGACUGAUGUUUGAAACUCAAAAUCCAUCUUACAAUAACAGAACGAGACUGUUUGUGGAUGAACUGCAGAAUGGAAACGUCUCCAUGAAAAUCUUCAAAGUGAAAAUCUCUGAUGCAGGAAAAUACUUUUGCUUCCUUGAACCAAUGUUGAAGGAAGCUUCCAUCCAACUCACUGUUGGUGUCGUCUCCACUCCCAUCAUAGAGGUUGUCUCCAAUAACAACAGCAGUAAGGUUUUACAGUGUGAGUCUAAAGGCUGGUAUCCAGAGCCUGAGGUGGUCUGGCUGGACGGUGAGGGAAACCUCCUCUCUGCUGGACCUACAGAGACAGUCAGAGGUCCUGAUGACCUCUAUACUGUCAGCAGCAGAGUGACUGUGGAGAAGAGACACAGCAACAACUUCACCUGUAGAGUCCAACAGAAGGACAUCAACCAGACCAGAGAGACACACAUCUAUGUUCCAGAUUAUUCAUUCACAGUUCAGUCUGAUUGGAUUCUGAUCAUCGGCACUCCUGUUUGCAUUUUUGUGCUGUUCAUCAUUAUCAUGCUGAUAAUAUGCAUAAAGAGGAUCCAGGACAAAGUAAUUUCACAGAGGCAGAGAUGGAUGAACAGCAGGAUGUAAAAGAGGCAGCGUUUGUGAUUCCAAGAAAUCCAACAGUGAUGAAGAAACAGAAUGCUGAUGGGAUUGUAAGCAGCUGGACAGAGUUCAGAGAUCACAGACAGAGGAAACAUCAGCAGGAAAUAACACUGAAGACACUUUAAAACACAGAGAGACGCAGCGUUGAACGACGUGGACUAAAAACCUCCUGUAGUGACCGAGAACGAGGAGGAAAUCAUUGUGACACUGGAGGAUAUUCUCCAUCUUUUCCUGCUCUACCAUCACACUGACAGAGAAUGAUGAUGUUGUUUGUCUUCCUAGUUUACAAUCUAUCCAUUGUGACUUUGUUUUCAGUCUAUGUGAGCAGGUGUUGUCUUUGAGCCAGUGAAAAGGCUGCAGACACACAGUGAAGAAGUGAGAUCUUAAUGAUGUUGGUGUCCAGUCUAAGAUAUGAGCUGUGACUGAAGAUUCCUGCUUUCAUUUCAUGGAUUGUAUCAAAGUUCCCACUUUAGCACUUAAAGUAAAGUAAAAUGUCAACAGGUUGUGUACAAAAGGCUGUGACUUUGUCCAUCAUCAUCCAUUCUCAUCUGUUUAAACUCAGAACUGUUCACUACAUGUUUCUUUACUCGAGCUGUAUGAGUUCAUUUUAUGAGUUUAUCUACAAAAGAAAAGUCUGCAUUGUUCUCCUUACACUGUGUGCUGGUUGAGAUUUGUCCUGUAAGGAGCUGUGGAUGUGACAGGAUGCUCCUUUAGUUUCUGGUUUUAGUGACAAUGAAAAUACUGAUCUUGGCAUUAACCUCUGUUCACAUUUUAGUAUUUCUUUCUGCACUUUUCUGUAUUUAUAAUUCAUUAACUGCUGUCUGUAAGUCAAAUUAAAGCUUUACUGUACUCAACACUAUUAAAACUAUCAAUAGAUCAUACUCUCA